CUAUAUAAACCGCUCCGAUCCCUUCUCAGCUUGUUCACUGGCACAGCACGCGCGCGCGCAUGAACAGCUGAGCUGAGCGACAUGGCGAGCGGCGGCUACUACUACGACCAGGGCACAGUGACCUACUUGCCGGCGCCGGCGCCGAGGGCGACGUCCUUCCACCUCUGCGUGUUCCUGGCCACCGCCGCGCUGCUCGGCGCCACCACGUUCUACUCGCGCUACGAGUCCGCGGUGGAGAGCCUGGUCGACCAGGUCCGGUUCGCCGUCGUGCUGUCCCCGCUGCUGCUCCUGCUCGCGGUGCAGUACUGGGCGGCCACGUCCGGGUCGCGGACGCGGGGCGGCGGGGUCUCGUCGCUGCUCCUGGGGGACCAGCCCUCCUGGUACGGCGGCGGCUGGGGCCAGCAGCAGCGGGACGCCGCGGGGGCGUCAUCUCCGUGGGGGGUGGCGCUCGCGCUCGCGCUCGUGCUGCUGCUCGUCUCCUACCAGUCAUGCUUCCGCGACCUGUGGUUCCCGCUGGUCAGCCGCCGGUGAGCUUAGGCCAGAGCUUAUCAUAUCGAAGGCUGCGCCCUGAAGUGCUGCUCGCCGGAUGCGAGAAGAGCCGUCAUCGAUCGACAAGUUUCGUCCGUGCUUUUGCUUUGAUCUGUUGCUAUAUCGAAGUGAACCGGUGGCAUCGAUAUACUGACUAGGUACCUAUAGGCGGAGCAGAUUCCGAUAUGACUGGAGAAUUAUUGGAGCUUCGAAGAACAUGAAUUUGCUGUCUGGAUUCUUGAAGCUGUAGUGUCAGACUGACAGUUAGCUCGGCUAGCUACUCCGGGAUGUGAUCAACAAUAUACGUGUAAUUAUUGCAAUGAUAGAAUAUCAAAUAUAAUAAAUUAAGGAAAGUUCGUGCAUCU